AACCAUGGAGAACUCUGAAGGCAGACUCGUCGAUCUCUACAUUCCCCGCAAGUGCUCGGCCACCAACCGUCUCAUUAACGCGAAGGACCACGCUUCCAUCCAGCUCAACGUUGCUGAUGUCGAUGCCGAGGGUCGCUACACCAAGACCUUCUCCACCUACGCUCUCUGCGGUUUCGUUCGCAAGGAAGCCGAAGCUGAUGACUCCAUCAACCGUCUUGCUACUCAGGAUGGCUACUUGAAGAACGUCUGGUCGUACCAGAAGUAAAAGAAAAACAUUCAAUUUUUCAACUUCCGAAACACGCCAAAUCCGAGAUCAAAUAAAAGCAAACCAAAAAUAUUUCAUAUCUUCAUGGGACAAGUUGGUGGUUUCAUAAUGAACUGAAGGAGGCAUUAUUGGCUAUGUUUUUCGUUAGCCCAUUUAUUUUUUACUUGUCUGGCCUAUAUAUAAUUAGCACAGUGGAUCUUUUUUUUUUUUUUUUGGGUGGU